CGUCUUAAUAAGCCAUAACAAUGGAACCUUUGAAAGCAGUUACUGUGUUUUGUGGUUCGUCGGCGGGCAAUAACCCUGCGUUUGAAGAAGCAGCAAUAACUCUUGGAAAGUGCUUAGCAAAAAACCAAAUUGAGCUGUUAUAUGGGGGAGGUAAUGCAGGCCUUAUGGGGACACUAGCACAGACAGUAUUGGAUAAUGGUGGAAAAGUGACUGGCUUUCUUCCAGAGUUCUUUAUCACAAAAAAUCCAACGUUUCUUGAAGUUAUUGGGAAGACAGUUAUCGUUGAAGAUAUGCACACAAGAAAAAGAAACAUGUUGGAAAAGGCUGAUGCAUUGAUAGCUUUACCAGGAGGCUUUGGAACAGCAGAAGAAUUACUUGAAAUGAUAACUUGGAGACAAUUAGGACUUCACAAGAAACCUAUAGGAAUUCUCAACAUAGCUGGCUUCUAUGAUAAAAUGUUAGAUUGGGUAAGUGUGAAUACUUUAUAACUUUUUGGGUAAGAGAGGGUUUAAUAUUAGUGAAACAUACUCAUGGAUCCAGCAGUUGGCUUUAUGUCAUUUUAUGGAAAAGAUAAUGGUCAAAACUUCCAAUUAUGAUAAUAAAUUAUUUAGACAAGGAGCCCAUAUUAUUAAGGAGUCCUGGUUAGCCCUAAAGAUAAAUGAUUUGAGGCAUGCUAAAAACCAACUUUUCCUUUUUCACCCCUAAAAGAGGGAGUUAUUUUCCAUAUCAACCCCUAAAAGAUAAUGACAAUCAUCUUCACCUUACGUUAUGUAACCGGCGGCAAGGCGCUCAGCUAUGAAUCAGAUUGCAAGUGG